AACCUCUCGAAAGUGCCAGUAAGUAAGAUGGCGAGGAGGGCAGGAGAGGAUGGGGCUGAUCGAUAGCGCAGUGCUCGGUGAGGCGCUCUGUGCGCUCGCGCAGUGAGUGUGCACGCCGAGCGAUUGAUUGGGCAGGAUUCGCGCCUCCAUUUUCCUAAGAGAAAGCAGGAGACCGCGGGAGCUGGACCAGCAGCUGGCAGGGAAAUCGUCUUCCUCUUCAAGAUGUACAGAACCAAAGUGGGCCUGAAGGACCGCCAGCAGCUCUACAAGCUGAUCAUUAGCCAGUUGCUCUAUGACGGCUACAUCAGCAUCGCCAACGGUCUCAUCAGCGAGAUCAAGCCCCAGUCUGUGUGCGCGCCCUCCGAGCAGCUGCUGCACCUCAUCAAGCUAGGAAUGGAAAAUGAUGACAGUGCCGUUCAGUAUGCAAUCGGCCGUUCAGACACGGUUGCCCCUGGCACAGGGAUUGACCUGGAGUUUGACGCAGAUGUCCAGACCAUGUCUCCAGAGGCUUCAGAGUACGAAACAUGCUACGUCACAUCCCAUAAAGGACCCUGCCGGGUCGCCACCUACAGUAGAGAUGGGCAGUUGAUAGCGACUGGGUCAGCUGACGCCUCCAUAAAGAUCCUCGACACAGAAAGGAUGUUGGCCAAGAGUGCCAUGCCCAUAGAGGUCAUGAUGAAUGAGACUGCACAGCAGAAUAUGGAAAACCACCCAGUGAUUCGAACCCUCUACGACCACGUGGAUGAGGUCACAUGUCUUGCUUUCCACCCGACAGAGCAGAUCCUGGCCUCUGGUUCAAGGGAUUACACUCUCAAACUGUUCGAUUACUCCAAACCGUCUGCAAAGAGAGCCUUCAAAUACAUUCAGGAAGCAGAGAUGCUGCGUUCCAUCUCCUUCCACCCGUCUGGAGAUUUCAUCCUUGUUGGGACGCAACACCCUACUCUUCGGCUUUACGACAUCAACACGUUUCAGUGUUUCGUCUCCUGUAAUCCCCAAGACCAGCACACAGAUGCCAUAUGUUCUGUCAACUACAACCCUAGCGCCAACAUGUAUGUGACUGGCAGCAAGGAUGGCUGCAUCAAAUUAUGGGACGGUGUCUCCAAUCGCUGCAUCACGACUUUCGAGAAGGCCCACGAUGGUGCAGAAGUGUGUUCUGCCAUUUUUUCAAAAAAUUCUAAGUACAUUCUCUCCAGUGGAAAAGACUCUGUAGCCAAACUCUGGGAAAUCUCGACAGGCCGUACACUGGUCAGGUACACAGGUGCCGGGCUGAGCGGACGGCAGGUGCACAGGACACAGGCGGUCUUCAACCACACUGAGGACUACGUGCUGCUGCCGGACGAGAGGACCAUCAGCCUGUGCUGCUGGGACUCGCGCACGGCCGAGCGCCGGAACCUGCUCUCGCUGGGGCACAACAACAUUGUGCGCUGCAUCGUGCACUCACCCACCAACCCCGGCUUCAUGACCUGCAGCGACGACUUCCGGGCACGGUUCUGGUACCGCAGGUCCACCACCGACUGA